CUUCGUCGUGGUAUAACAGUCAGUGCCGCCGGGUUGCAGUGUUCAUGAUUUAUUCACUGAGAGUGCGUGAUGGAGGACAAUCAACAUUUAGCUGAUGAGUACGUCCAGGAAUUCGUUCUGGAUCAUUUCGAGGACAUUACAGUGAAACGUGAGGAUAAGAGACAGAUUAUCGAGAGCGAAACGGCCUGGAUGCAUGAUGACUCUUCGAGCAGGGUCUGCAGGAAUCAGUGGGAAGAUAGAAGGAUACCUUCACCUCCGCCGGACUCCAUGUACGUUCAUCAGCCUGUUUUAGUUAACAUGACGUUAAUGAACGAUCCAGGUACGCCACCCGAUACUCCUCCGAAUCACUCGCCUCUUCCUUGCCGACCGCAAGGCAUGAUGGACGACAUGAUGUGGUUUCCUCCAAGCAUUCGUUCCGAUCCCCAGCCGCUGGAUCUGCGGCCUCAUCCGCAUUGUUUAGGCGGCGAUCCCGAUUGGGAACGUCGGGAAUACGUCCCCUCUGGUAUGAUAUUAGACGCCCCGAAUCACCAUCAUAUUAUCCAUCAACAUCCACGGCCCCAAUCUGUAUGUUCCGGUGCUAGUGCUCUGUCCCCCAGAAUGAACAAUCACAAUAGUGGAUACUCCACCUGUUCCGAAGACAUCGGCCUCAACGACGAUAUGCUGGUGACGCUUUCGGUAAGAGAGUUAAAUAAAAGGCUGCACGGUUGUCCCAGAGAGGAGAUAGUAAGACUAAAGCAGAAGAGAAGAACGCUCAAAAAUCGCGGUUACGCACAAAAUUGCCGAUCGAAACGGCUGCAACAAAGGCAAGACCUGGAGCAGCAGAACAGAAGCCUUCAACACGAAAUCCACCGGUUAAAGUCCGAAUUGGAGAGGGUGUCCCAAGAGAGGGAUGUGUACAAACAGAAACUCCACGGCGUCCCCAGGCCACCUCAUCUGAACGGUAGUCUAAAUUCGGAUGGUCAAAGUUCGCCGGAGUCCUAUUCAUACCUAUGACAUCAUUUUCCGGGUCGAAGAAUCCAGUGAUUUUUUGACCCCGCGGUGUAUUAAAGAUGAAUGCAUGUGAGGAUAUACCGCGAAAUAUGUACAAAGGGGAUAUAGACUAAAACUUUUUGGCACAAUUGGUUUUUACCUGUAAGUUUGAGAAUCGUUUCGUACUGAUUUUCAUCGUCCAUUGGCAUUAAAGAAUAAAUUAAUAAAAAAAGUAGGUACACUUUAUUAUAAAAAUUUGUAUCUAAUUUUGUGCAAUUUAAAUGCACUAGCUUAUUUCAUGUUUGAUGAAAAUUCCAGUACGAAAGUUC